CGUAACCCUGCUCAUUCUUUUUUCAAUUUAGAGAAACAAGCGUCAAUCUGUGUUGCAUUUGUCACUCGAUGAUUUUUCAAAUUGCAAAAUUGCGUCAUCUUCGUGACCUGUCCAACUGGAUAUUUGUGACAAAGUACACGCAUGGAAUAUAAAGUGUAAUAAGUGAAUAAUUUGUGAAAAAAAGUGUUCUUAAUAAGGUGCAAUUUCAAGAAAAUAAUAGAAAUAGAGAAAAUAUUGUCGAUAAUUUCAAAAAGGUAGAUGGCGCCGAGGAAUAAGGAGAACUUGAUGAAUAAGAAAAAGAAACCGAUUUCCGAGGAUGAGGACGACGAGGACUACAGGAAGAGACGUGACAGGAAUAAUCAGGCAGUAAAAAGAUCCCGCGUAAAGAGUAAAUUACGCACUCAACAGACUCUUGAUCGUGUGAAUCAAUUGAAAACCGAAAAUGAAUUGUUAGAGGAAAAAAUCAAAAUGCUAACAAAAGAACUUGGUUUUUUAAAGGACCUCUUCUUGGCCCAUGCAGGUUCGAAUCCAAAUUCAAUGAACAUUCAAGAUCUGGAUUUUAAUGCAAUUCUUGCCGAAGAAUCAUGCUCGAAAUCAGGGGACUCAUCAAUGUAAAUAAUCAUUUAAGUCGCAGUGUCGACGUGGUUAAAAAUUCUAUUCAAUGGAACUUUGUGUCCUAAAAAAAUACUCAUCGUUAUAAAUAUUUUUGUUGUUGUUGAUUUUUUUUUUUUUUUUUUUUUUUUUUUUUUUUUUGAGAAAAAAGAGUAAUUUAAAAAUUAAGCAUCUUGGAAAGAUGCCAAAACUUUUUUGCGAUUAGUCGCGUGCGAAUCGCAAAAGAAUCAUAUUCUCAGGGUCAUGCAAGUCAAGAUAACCAUCUGUAGUGGAAAAAAAAAAUUCUCUAUAGAACGGAAGGAAAAAAAAGGAAAUUACGAAAUAUCCGUUUGAGAAUUGAUAGCAUUUUCUUCUUUUUAAUCUUCUUGGGAAAGGCUGUGCUACUCUUUUUUUUUUGAUAUUUGCCAAAAUUUCAUCGAUGAGACGCAGAGAAUUUCUUUAUAUUUGAAUUUCCCCAUAAAAAUAAAAAAAAAAACACAAGUGAAAAUUUUGAUACACUUUAAAUACGUGACGAAGCAUUUAAAAAAAAAAGUUUUAUACAUAACGAAACUUUGAUGCCACAAAACUAUUUGUUAUGGGAUUUGUACCUACUCUACAAAAAAUCCGAGAUAAGAGUUGACGGAAUUAUCUAUUUGUAGUUGAUUAUGUAAAUGUUGCGGCAAGUGUGGAAAUUU